AUGAUCGUCCCCGGAGACGUCUCUGCUGACGAGAUCAGGCACUUCCUGGUCUAUGCUCUGCAGUUGAACAGCCAUCUAGGCAUUUCUCCGAACGGCCUCUUGGGUGAGAAUUACGGAGCUCGGGUCACCGGUGUGACGCUAUCGCGGGAGCAGAUGGCCUGGGCAGUGGAGCACAAUGCUCACCCCAACAUCGAGUACCGCUUCCAAGACUACCGCGAGGUUACUGGGAAGUUUGACCGCAUCUACUCUGUGGGCAUGUUCGAGCAUGUUGGCCGAAAUUCCUACGAGACCUUCUUUGACAAGUGCUACGAGCUACUCAAGGACGACGGCAUUAUGCUGAUACACACGAUGGGCUGGGCGCGACGGGGGCCAUGGAAUCACAACGCCUUCGUCAACAAGUACAUCUUCCCGGGGGGUGAGAUGCCGACCAUGUCGCACAUGACCAUGGAGUACUCAGACAGCUCCCUGCCAGCACCUCAUGGGUAUCUCGUCAUCAAAGAGUCUGUGCUGCUUGAAAUAUCGAGUCGGCCAGUUGACCGUGUUGCAAGGGUUCAGAAGUCAGCCGAGGAGCUAUGUGAUGACUUUGAGGUGCUGGUUGGAAAGAAUCAGAGACUGGAGUUGGUCAUUAGUGUGGCAUAUCCAGGGAGAAAGACCUAA